AUGGAUGAAUUUUUGUUGUUUAUUGAUGGAGAAUUAGUUUGUAGAAUUUCUUAUAUUUUCGAUAAAACGAAUUCAGCAAAUGAAAUGAUAGGAGAAAUGUUCGUUUUAAGAAGGUUUUUGUCAAAGGAUUGCGAUGAAAUUGUUUAUAAUCAGUUUAAUCAAUUGGUGAUUCAAUCUCCUGUUUCAGAAAACAUUGAAAAUAUUUCAAAAAUUGGUGAAAAAACUGAACUAGCGAAGAUGCCGAAUACUUUAAUGAUUUAUUCUGCUUCUUAUCAAAAGGAUGAAUUAAUGAUGAAUUUAAUGCAUAACCAAUAUCCUGAAGCUACUUUUAGUAGUUAUUAUUAUCCUUCUGUUUCUCCUUUUUUCCAAAUUUUUUUGGCAUCAAAAGGUUUAGAAAUGUUGACAACUCUUUUAAGAAAAAUAAGUGAUGCAAGGAAAGAUGAUAGUGUUUCGCAGCAAUUCGUUAUCAAAUUGAUUAAUACUAUAACAGUUAUUUUGUCAACUUGUGAAGAAUCACAAAAUGUGUUUUUAGAAAACGGUUUGUUUGAAAUUAUGGCAGAUAAUUUGAGUCAAGAAAAUUGUAUUAAUCCAACAAUGGAAUUAUUUAAUUGCUUAAGGAAUUUGGAGCUGAAUAUCGUAUUAGAUGAUUUGUCUGAAUCUUUCUACAAAUGGAUAUUCUAUAAUUACCAUAUUUGGCAGAAAUCAACUUACGAAUUAAAAGUGGCAGUUCUUCAAAAAUGGCUUGAAAAAGUUGAAACAAAAUGUUAUACUUAUUUCGUUUCUAUUUCUUAUUUACUUGAAAUCUAUAAGGAUUUAGAAAAAGACAUUGAAAAAGAUUGUAUUGUUAUAUUAUCAAAGUUAAUUUAUUAUUCAUCAAGUGAGAUUUUUAGAAAUGGAAACAUUAAGUUCAAAGAAUUGUAUUUUAUUAUCGCAGCUUGUAACGAAAUGAAAGAAAAACCUGAAAUUGUUCUCAUGUUUUUAGAGCCAUUAACGAUGUUUGCAAAAGAUAAUGGCUAUCUAAAAGAACUUGGCAAAGUACUUAUCUCUGCAAAGUUCUUAAUAGAACAUGAAUCUCCUUUGAUCCAGAUUUAUUUGGUCAAAUACAUUUCGUCGAUAAAAACGAAAUUUACGAUUUUCCAUUUGAAAAAAUACAUUCAACUGAAAAAUCAUGAUGAAUUAAUGAUGCCUUUGUUUAGAGUGUAUGUUGGAGUAGAUGGAAACAAACCUUAUGAAGAGAUAAUAGCAAACGCAGAUCAUUGGCAUUUCAAUCCUGUUGUUGCUCCUUUUCUUUUGGCUUCGUCAAAUUAUUUGUCAAAUGAAAGUCAAAAAAUCUUUUCUCAAAUUAUUUUGUCAGUUUUGUCAUCGAAAUCUAAUUUAUCUGCUUUCUUUUCAGCAAACAAGCCAUUGACAAUGAUGCUGUUUUGUAUGUAUUGUUUCUAUUCCAAAGCGAAGAAUGAUAAUUUGAUUUUUAACAUUUUAAUCAAAGAUUUUAUUUUUGAUUAUUCAUUUUGUUACGAAUUUUUACAAACUUUGACGGCGAUUUCGAUUGGAAUUAAUGUAGACAAUCGAAAAUACCAUCAAUUAAUAUUGUCUAACAUGAUAAAGACAAUAAAGGAUUACGAAACAGAAGAAACAUGUCAACAAAUGAUAAAUAUAUUUUAUAUUUAUUUGACAGAAACUCCGAAAAACAUUGAAAACCAAAGAAGAUAUGAAGUUGAUGUUAAUUUCUAUUUCCAUGAUUUGUUAUCGAAAGCUCUUGAACCAAAAGAGUUUUCAACAACAAAGAAACCUUACAUAAUCAAUGGAAUUUGGGUUGACAGAAGACUCGCAAUAAAAUUCCUCAAAAAAGCUGCGACAUUUCCAACUUCUUGUGACUUCACGCCCGUAAUGUUUAUUUUAUCGUAUUUGAUGAGAAAAGUGACGAAUUAG